AAACUGAAAAUAGGUUUGUUUUGCCAGGGGGGAAAUCACGGGGGGAAUCGGCAGAGGAAGAAGAGGCAGAUUUGGAGAGAAUGGAGGAAAAGGAAUCACAUCUGUUAUCUCCAGUAGGAAGAAGAGUAAGAGGGAAGAGGUUUCUGAAUCUCAGGAGACAGAUUGGGAGUCACUGGAGGAGGAAGGAGGGAUUGAGAGCCAUGAGAGGGGUAAGGAUUCAGGUACAAAGAUCAGGUGGUAAAAGUUCGGACAAGUCUUUAAAUAAGAAACAAAAAGAUAAGUCUUGACAGGUGUCCUCCAUCGCCUCCUCCCUCUCGUGAGAUUGCGCUCAUCGUGUGAAGCUUGAAGAUUGCGCAUGCGGCUCCUGUCGCCUUCAUUCCGGGGCGCGAGUUGUUCUGCGCUAACGCAAGAAAAUCGCUCGUGCGUCAUGUCGCCCCUUGAUUGAUGCCGCCCUGGGCCUGACGCCUGAUAUUUAUUUAAUGAGCAUAAAUCUGAGCAGCAGUUGUAAUGGGGAUAAAGGAUCAUCUCUGGCUCAUGAGACACAAAUGGACCUACAAACUGUAAUCUGACGGCACGUGGGGGGAGGUAUAAUUUAAAAGCAUCACUGCUCCCCCCCCCAUUCCCUUUAUUGCGCCACAACUGGCAGUUUGAUCCAAUGUGAGCGGCGCGGGGAGUUUAGAGACUGGCGCUGUCCUUGCGCUGAGCACUUUUAUGUAGAAGCGACUAAAGACUCGGCUCAGCGUCUGAAGGCGGGGCGCUCAUAUGCAAAUCACUACCGAGCCGGCGUCCUAUUGGAGAGCGUGUAGCAAAGGGGGCGUGUCUGAGAAGUAGCAGGUUCCCACUGAGGCGCUUCCUACAAACUCCUGCGCGUGAUCUGUACAAUCAGCGGAGCUGCCCGUGUGUCUCAGUGAGAGAAGCGGCCGCUCAACUCCGGGACUAGCGCGUCGGACUGAUCGGCAGGAACAUUAUUAUACAAUUGGAUUAUACAAUUGUGUCUCACCGUUGAUGGACCCCACGGUGCAGACUCCCAUUGUAGAUGCCGGUCCCACCUGUGACUUGACUGACCCCUCCUGAAGCCUCACCCCUCGCAGCCAUUGGCUAAUCACUGACGUGGGCUCAUGUCAGCACAGGGUGGCGAGUAGUUGCCAGGGGCUGGUGAUCGCUUGGGGCGUGUAAUGUCUCUCUCUAGUUGUCUUGCUACAAGUCUAGUGCCGGAUUUCUGCACUGCUGUGGGUUAGUACAGGAGGAGGGGUCGCCGACCCCUCCUGUCCAGAUGCCUGUGGCUCCUGAGCAGCAGUAGUAGUAGUGGAGAUGAUGACAGCCAGCCCGGCGUACAUAGCAGUGGAGGUGAUCAUAGCCGUGUUGUCCAUCGCUGGGAACGUGCUGGUGUGUUGGGCAGUGGCCAUUAACAGUACUCUCAAGAAUGCCACCAACUAUUUCCUGGUGUCACUGGCUGUGGCUGAUAUAGCCGUGGGGCUACUGGCCAUCCCCUUCGCCAUCACCAUCAGUAUAGGGCUAGAGACCGACUUCCACAGCUGCCUCUUCUUUGCCUGCUUUGUGCUGGUGCUGACCCAAAGCUCCAUCUUCAGCCUCUUGGCUGUGGCCAUCGACCGGUACCUGGCCAUCAAGAUACCACUCAGGUACAAAAGUCUGGUAUCUGGGAAGCGAGCAAGAACUAUCAUUGCGGUCUUCUGGAUCUUAUCAUUUGUAAUUGGCUUGAUCCCUCUUAUGGGCUGGAACCGAUUGGAUGAAAACUGUCCUCAUGAACCAGCCACAAGCCAUAACUGCACAGUUCAGUGUUUGUUUGAAAAAGUGGUGACCAUGAGCUACAUGGUAUACUUCAAUUUCUUUGGCUGUGUGCUUCUCCCUCUCCUGAUCAUGCUGGGGAUCUAUAUCAAAAUCUUCAUGGUCGCCCGUAAGCAGCUCAGACAAAUUGAAUUGAAGUGCGUUGGGUCGGACAGCUCACGGACUACCCUCCAAAAAGAAGUCAAUGCUGCCAAAUCACUGGCCAUUAUCGUUGGUCUGUUUGCCUUUUGCUGGCUUCCCAUCCACAUUCUAAACUGUAUCACACUCUUUGAGCCCAAUUUUUAUAAGACAAAGCCAGGGUGGGUGAUGUACAUGGCGAUUAUCCUAUCCCAUGCCAACUCCGUUGUCAAUCCCAUUAUAUAUGCUUAUAAAAUUAGAGACUUCCGCUACACGUUCCGAAAGAUUCUUUCAAAGUACAUUGUCUGCAGGAAGGACAACUUUUCCAAGUGCCCCAAUGGCACCAUUAGCCAUAACAGACAAUUGCAAAUCAGCAGUGUAAGUGCUGGAAAUACAGUCAUGUGAUCGUUCUCUUUGUGCCUCAUUCAUCUUUCUGAGUGUGGCCUUUGCAGUGAAGAUGAUGCGCUUUGGGUUUUAUUUCUUACUGGGACCUUUGUGGAUUUAACAUUGGAUCGUUUUUGCUGCUGCACUUUUAAGACGUUGCCAGCAGUUUUGUUGCAAGGUUUACAGACAACCUUGGUAUUCCUCUUUCUGGACAAGCUGAUUUAGUUCGUAACAGCCUUUUAAUGAUAUCUACUUGUGCGUAGUUUCUCACUCAGGAGAUUAAAUAGUACAAAUGAAUAAUGGACCAACUCAUGGCUGAAUUGGAAAGCAUUCCAUCAUUGUGUUUAUCAGUUAGCAAUGCACAUAACUCCAGAGUUCAUUUAAGUUACCUCUACCUUUAAUGGCCAGUAGUCCUUCUAAACAGGUUUCUCUUAUACGGAAGAACAAAUUAUAACACUACUACUCUGCUAUAUAUUAAGUUGAGUUGAUAAAGUGCUAAGAAUAGGCCAAUGGGCUUUGCACAGUUGGAUGUGUUUGGCUUCUCUCACUUUAAUGAAACUCUUGGCUCUCUGAUUGCUUUAUUUGUAGUUAUGAUGAAGAUAGAGUUGAGAGCCAGUUGACCAGGUUGGAUGUCUCUUAUACUAAGUCAUACAGAGGCUGUGCUGAUUUAGAAGGGCACCAUGGGAAAGUCAUGAAAUGGAAUAUAAAGCUGGUCGUAGUAGUUAGCGCCAGUGGAAAGGUCAAUGAGUGCCUCAAUCUCAAGCAAAGGUGGGCUCAGGGAAAGAAAAUGACCAUGAAUAAAGUACACAUAACCUACAACCCUUGGUUGGCAUUGGGUUGCUUGCAGUUUACAGACUGCAGGCUGAACAAGAUUUAAACCAUUUAUUGAGACCCCCCUCUGGUGCAACACUGGCCCUUAAGGUAAGGGCACAUGGGCAGAUUUGGGAGAUUAGUCGCCCCAACGACAAAUCUCCUCUUCUUUGGGGCAACAAUCUCCCCAAACUGCCUUCCCACUGGCUAUAAUGAAAAAUCGCCAGAGGGAUUGCACUUGCGGUGCUUUGUCUUCCGAAAUUACCAGAAGUUUCCUCGUGAGGCAACUUUCGGGUGACUUCUGAAAAAGAAGCGCUGCGAGUGCCAUCCCGCUGACGAUUUUUAAUUAUAGCCGGUGGGAAGGUAGGGGAAGGCAGUUCGGGGAGAUUUUUGCCCCCAAGAAUAGGCAAUUUGUUGCCGGGACGACUAAUAUCCCGAAUCUGCCCAUGUGCCCUUACCUUUAAAAAGCUUGCUGGGGUCUAGUAAGCCAUCCUAAUCAAUAAGAUGUUCGAAUGUUACUAGACAUGUAACAAGAGUAGCAUAUUUUAUUAAAUUACUCCCUAAGUGUUAUUACUGGGAACAAAGUUGUACACAUAUUAUGUGUAAGCUUUAUAUAUGUUUGCUUUACAUUUAAAGGGAAAUUAUUGUGUGACUUUAAAGCAUUGCAUGGGAUGAUUCAGUAAGAGAUGAGAUGGGCUGUUAGUGGUGUAUUAAGAUGCUUCUUUCCCCCCCAUUUCCAAACAGAAUCAUCAGUUAGUCCUGAUUUGCUUGAAGCUGACAUAGAGCUAUUUCUAUAUGAACUGUAUGCAUUCUGCUACUGCCCUAAAUAUGGUAGAUACACACACUCAUUAUUUAUCUGUAUCCAUGCCACCAAGGUGAACCACUGAGAAAAACCAUUAAAGGUCACAAGGCCCUGGGACAAGUUAAACAUGUUACCCCAUAAUCUCAUAUGGUUCAUACACAUUAUAUUGCUCUCUGUAUAUUGAGUAGACCUCUGGAGUUAAAUCAUUGGUUGUUUGAUAGGAUUCAGUAGGAGCGCAGGGCUCCAUAUUGUGAUGGAUGAACUCUGGCUUGAACCUGAAAGAAAUGCUAAGAUAAAGGACAAGAAUGGAAAAAAACACCACCACCAGAUCUUUUAUUUUAUGUUGUUAAAAAACAUAUAGAGGAAAUCUAUUGUAAAUAUUGUCCAAAAGAAUGCAGUUUUGUGAGUGAAACCAACAUUUCUAAAUGUACCACUAUAUUUUACAGACAAUCCAAGAGUAGUCAAGGGCUACACACUAUUGUGAUCCUACAUCCAUAGGACAACGUGUUACUGUAUUUUUUGGUUAAAUGAAGGACAUUCCUAGUAAACGGUGUAAGUUUAUGGUUGGGUAGGAAUUGGGUAUAGCAGGCAUAAAGUUUGCUCCAGAUCUGGUAACCCAGAGCUUGGUUUGAAAUAAAAGACCAGUAAAAUGCUGGUUGGUUUCUAUGUUUAUAGAAUGGAAGCAGGCGGUAUUUAUGGGUUACUAGAAUGGGACCAAUUUGUUUCUAUGGGUUACUAGAAUGACAGCAGUUGGUUUCUAGGAUUUACUAGAAUGAAAGUGGUUGGUUUCAAUGGGUUACUAGAAUGGCACUGAUUGAUUUCUGAGGAUUACUAGAAUGGGAGCAGUUGCUUUCUAUGGGUUACCAGAAUGGGGGCAGUUGGCUUCAAUGGGUUACUAGAAUGGGACCGGUUGGUUUCUAUGGGUUACUAGAAUGGGACCGGUUGGUUUCUAUGUGUUACUAGAAUGGGACCGGGUGGGUUCUAUGGGUUACUAGAAUGGGACUGGUUGGUUUCUAUGGGUUACUAGAAUGGGACCGGUUGGUUUUUAUGGAUUACUAGACUGGGACCGGUUGGUUUCUAUGGGUUACUAGAUUGGGACCGGUUGGUUUCAUUGGGUUACUAGAAUGGGACUGGUUGGUUUCUGAGGGUUACUAGAAUGGGAGCGGUUGCUUUCUAUGGGUUACCAGAAUGGGGGCAGUUGGCUUCAAUGGGUUACCAAAAUGGGGGCAGUUGGCUUCAAUGGGUUACCAAAAUGGGGGCAGUUGGCUUCAAUGGGUUACUAAAAUGGGACCGGUUGGUUUCCAUGGGUUACUAAAAUGGGACCGAUUGGUUUCCAUGGGUUACUAGAAUGGGAACAGUUGGUUUCUAUGGGUUACUAGAAUGGGACCGGUUGGUUUCUAUGGGUUACUAGAAUGGGACCGGUUGGUUUCUAUGGGUUACUAGAAUGGGACCGGUUGGUUUCUUUGGGUUACUAGAAUGGGAGCAAACUUUGUUGUUGCUAAAUGAACAAUCCCCCAUAAGCUCAGGAUUUACCAAUGGAAAAAUGAGAGCACAACUGAAGUCUUUUCUCAUCCAGUGCAGUCUCAUUACACACAAACUUGUUAACUUUUUGAUAUAUUAACUUUAUUUUAAUACUGUGAUUUUUUUUAAUGCUGUACUGUUUUUGCACUUUAAUGAAGGCGUAAAAAAAUGGCAUCAUUUUACAAUAUUUAUAAUGGACAUGUUUGGUUUUGGUCUUGUACAUUCCCAGGAAAUACAGAGAUAUUGUCUUUA